AUGAGCAGUGCCAGUAACUCACUGGCACGGGAAUUCCUGACGGAUGUCAACAGGCUGUGCAAUGCAGUGGUGCAGAGGGCAGAGGCCAAGGAAGAUGAAGAGGAAGAAACUCAUAUGGCAGCACUGGGCCAAUACUUGGUUCAAGGCCGUGGGUUUAUUUUGCUCACCACUCUGAACUCCACUAUUGAUCAGGAGCUGACAUGUCGGGAAGAACUUCUGACACUCCUCCUGUCACUUCUGCCACUGGUGUGGAAAAUCCCCGUCCAAGAGGAAAAAGCAAUAGGAUUUAAUAUACCCUUUACAGUAGGCAUAUGCCUGACCAAAGAGAACAAUUCCAGUUCCGUGAAAUCCACUCAGGAAAAAGUAGGCUUAGAUGGAGGCACUCGUUCAGCUCUUCGGACUGCCGUAAAACUGAAUGCUCGAGCUCGAAAAAGCGGGCGCCUGCGCAAAACCACCCAGUGUUAUUCCGUGCGGGAUGCAAGAAGAUCUCAGCUGUCCACUUCGGAUUCAGAAGGCAAUUCUGAUGACAAGACCUCUGUAGUAACGGAACGCAGGCGCUCCCACUUACUGCAACCUUUUCUGACAUACCCAGUUAGGGACAGCCACCUUGUAGGUAGAAGUGAUUGUUUACCCGCAGAAGUGGUACCGAAUUCUGCUCCUGAUGCCCCUAAUCUAGAAAAUUCCAGCCAAAUUACUCCAGCACACGGGCUAAACCCAGAGAUUUUGAAUGAGCCAGCUGCGGGAAUUGCUGAGAGCAACAUGGAUAACUCUCCCUUUGAUUUAUGCCAUGUCUUAUUGUCACUCCUAGAGAAAGUGUGCAAAUUUGAUAUUACUUUGAAUCACAGUUCUGCUCUUUCAGCUAGUGUGGUGCCCACGUUGACAGAGUUCUUAUCCGGAUUUGGGGACUCUUGCGGUGUGAGUAGUAGUAACACCGAAACGGAAGCAGUUUCCACAGGGUGGACGGAAGAACCUGUGGCUCUGGUCCAAAGGAUGCUCUUUCCAACAAUAGACAUUAGCAACACGGAAACAAUGCCCGACAACUUAAGAAGAAAUCUAACGGACUUGCUUAAAGCUGCGUUAAAAAUCAGAACUGGCUUGGGAAAGCAACCUGAUCCUUUUGCUCCAGGAUACAAGAAAACACUACAGCAGCCGGAUCAGGAUAACUUCAUGUUUUCUAGAUACCAUCACAGAGCCUUGCUUCUACCUGAGGUUAUAGAAGGGGUCUUGCAGAUUCUGAUCUGCUGCCUACAAAGUGCAGCCUCCAAUCCUUUCUACUUCAGCCAAGCUAUAGAUCUGGUUCAUGAGUUCAUACAGCAUCAGGGAUUUAAGCUGUUUGAGGUAACGGUGCUUCAGAUGGAAUGGCUGUGUAUGAAGAGUGAGGGAGUACCUGGGGAAGCCUCAGAGCAUCUGAAAGCCUUGAUCAACAGCAUCAUGAAAAUCAUCAGCACCGUCAAAAAAGUGAAAUCGGAGCAGCUCCAUCAGUCGGUGUGUACAAGAAAGCGGCACAGGCGGUGUGAGUACUCCCACUUCAUGCAUCACCACAGAGAUCUCUCUGGGCUCUCUGUAUCUGCUUUUAAAAACCAAGCUUCCAAAAGCCCCUUUGAAACUGCUGACGGAGAAGUUCACUACCCUGACAGGUGCUGCUGCAUUGCUGUCUGUGCACACCAGUGUUUGCACUUGUUGCAGCAGGUUUCCUUGAGCAGUACUUGUGUUCAGAUUCUCUUGGGUGUACAUAAUGUGGGAAUAUGUUGCUGUAUGGAUCCCAAGUCUGUGAUUGUCCCGUUGCUCCGUGCUUCCAAGCUGCCAAUAUUAAAAAACUUUCAACAGCACAUAUUGAACAUCCUUAACAAGUUCAUAUUGGACCAGCUGGGUGGAGCAGAAGUUUCUCCAAAAAUUAUACAGGCAUCGUGCAAUAUAUGUACUGUUGACUCUGACCAACUUGCUCAGCUGGAAGACACCCUGCGGGGCCACUCUAGCGAUGUGGGUCUUGCGCCUACUUCCUCUUGCCGAGUUCAGGGAAUUCUGCCUAGCAGUGGAUCUGAAGAUGUGUUGUUGAGAUGGGAUGCACUGGAGGCUUAUCAGGACAUUGUUUUUGACGAAGACAAGCCACGUGGCGUGCAGGUUGCAAGCCAUGUCUGCCACUUAAUUCAAAAGGGAAAUGCAGUGGUCCAGUGGAAGCUCUAUAACUCUAUUUACAAUCCUGUGCUUCAGAGAGGGGUUGAGCUAGCUUGCCACGCUCAACAACUCAGACUGACUACAGCUGAUAAACACACGUGCAGCUACCACAGCCAGGGUUUGCCUUUGGAAGUACUUCAGAUCUAUUUGCAGGCGCUCCCUGUGUUGCUUAAAUCCAGGGUAAUUAGAGACUUGUUUCUGAGCUGUAAUGGAGUGAAUCAAAUGACCGAGUUAAAUUACUUAGAUACCUUAAGAAGCCAUUCUUUGAAAGUGUUAGAGACUUUGAUACUCUGCCUUGGUGAUCAGCAGAAAGGCUAUGCAAUGCCAGAACUGGAAGAGCUGAACAGCCAACAACAGGAGUCUACGUCUGACUUGCCUGCGUCUCUUUGUAGCCAGCAUGCUGUGUCAGAAGCUCCUCAAAGCCUGAGCAAGUUUUAUGCUGGCUUGAAAGAGGCUUACCCAAAAAAGAAAAAGUUUGUCAGCCAAGACAUUCACGUCGAUACGAUAAACCUAUUCCUCUGUGUGGCUUUUUUAUGUGUAAGUAAAGAAGCAGAUGGCGAUCUGGAUUCAGCUAAUGACUCUGAAGAUACGUCAGGAUACGAUAGUACCGCUAGUGAGCAAUUAGGCCGCAAAUUACCAUAUCUGUCACUGGAAAGCCUUACUUUGCCCUCCCUGGAACAUGUUCACAGGGCUGCGGAUAUUUGGUCCAUGUGUCGUUGCAUAUAUUUGCAUAGUUCAGUUUUCCAGCGACAGUUCCAUAGACUUGGAGGCUUUGAAGCAUGCCAUAGGUUACUAAUCCUGAUAAUUCAGAGACUUGCAAAAAAUAAGGAAAAGGAGCAAAGGAAGAGGGAGAGAGUAUUGAGUGAAAGCAGCAGAAGCUCACAUGGGAGUCCUCGUGGUGAGCUUCUCAACAGGGGUGACUCUGUUCAACUGGCUAAAAGCAGAGAAGUGACUCAACUGGAGCUCGAUAGUUCAGAUGGUCUUGCUGGUGCAGAACAGCUGGUGCCUGAAUGUGUCUCCUGUGACAGCUCUUUGAGUAAGGAACAGGCUUCAGUGGCUUCCGUUGCCAGUCUUGAAGGGAUGAAGACUUCUGUAAGAGAGGAGACUGAGUGGGCCCUUCAAGGCAUCAGACUUCUAGAAGCUCUGCUGACAAUCUGUCUGCACAGUGCAAGCACCAUGCAGCAGAAGAUGGAAACGGAGAUGCCUCACCAGAGUACUGGAGUGGAUGAUAUCUUACUUCAAAUAAGAGAGCAGCUUGCUCAAUCAAAAGUGAUAGAAACUGACUUGGCAAAGCCUCUCUUUGAUUCCCUGCUUCGUGUUGCGUUGGGCACCUUUUCUGCUGAUCUGGAUCAUUCUGAAGAAAAAACUGAGAAGACCCAUUACACUGAAACGGCUCCUGUGUCACAACCCGCCGAUAUUUCUGAAGAAACGGAAGAACCGCAGUGCUGUAGCCUUCAACUUUUUGCUGAAGAAGAAGGAUAUGAAGCGGACAGUGAGAGUAACCCCGAUGACAGUGAAACCAACAAUGAAGGAGCAGACACAAAAGCAGAACCGGGAUGUGCUGGUCCUUCAGGUUAUUUUAAUGACCCAGCUGAAAACCUCAGUCAAGGAGAACUGUUGUAUCCUGAAAUCUGCAUGUUAGAAUUAAACUUGCUCUCAGCUGGUACUGUGAGUUUAGAUGUGCUUGCUCAUGUGUUCCAAAGCUGCCUGAAAAUCGUCAGCCAGAAGGAGAGAAAUGCCACUGUACUUAUAGAACAGGGAGCUGUUAAACAUCUUCUGGGAGGGUUUCUGAACAUAUUGACACAGACAGACCCCAGUUAUCAUGCGUGUCAGAUGGUGCUGGUAGACCUGUUAGUGUCCUUGAUGAGUUCACAGACACGUUCAGAAGAGCUAACGCUGCUUCUGAGGAUAUUUUUGGAGAAGACACCUUGUACGGAGAUACUACUCAAGGGUGUAUUGAAGAUUAUAGAAACUAAUGUUUAUAUGAACCCCUUACAGUACCUUGCCUUCCCUUUGCUACACAGCACAAAUCUGAGUAGUAGCUCUUCACAAAAAUCUUCUAGCACUUCCAACAGCAAAACUGCUGGACUGUUAAAAAGAGCAAAAUUUUCACAGAGUAAGAAAGAGGCAGAUGGUGAAAAUCUGAGUCACCAGCUGCUUUCCUCUUGGCACGUAGCCCCGAUUCACUUGCCUCUAGUUGGACAAAACUGUUGGCCGCACAUGUCUGAAGGCUUCAGUGUCUCGCUGUGGUUUCAUCUGGAGUGUGCUCAUGAAAUAGGAAAUUCAACAGAAAAGGGGAAAAAAUUCAAGAGAAGAAGCAGACUGGUAGAUGUCAGAGGAAACAGCUUUGACAGCACAGAAGGAAUGGAAUACCUAAGCCUGGGAGAUAAGCUGGUUGAAGAUGGCUGUAUUCAUAUAAUCUCACUGGGUUCCAAAGCACUGAUGAUACAAGUCUGGGCAGACUUGAACACUGGAGCGUUCAUAUUUCGUAUGUGUAUGGAUCCGAAUGAUGAAAUGAAAGCUGGGCUGCUGGCACAGGCUGAAUCUCCAGAGAAUGUUUUCCUUGUGGGCAGGUGGCAGCAUUUGGCAGUAACAUAUCUGCAGCAGCCAGAAGGCAAGAAAAACAUCCAUGGAAAGUUGUUGCUGUGGGUUUCUGGUCAGAGGAAAUGUGAGAUUAAUUUAGAUUAUGCACUACCAAGGAAAUCAAGCUUAUCAUCUGACAGUAAUAAAACAUUUUGUAUGAUUGGCCAUUGUACAUCGUCUCAAGAAGAAUUGCUUCAAUUAUCGGGAAGAUGGGAUCUUGGAAACCUGCUUCUGUUUAAUGGUGCAAAGGUGGGACCAGAGGAAGCAUUUCACUUAUACACAUGUGGGCCGGACUUCACUUCUGUAAUGCCUUGUAAAUAUGGCAAAACAUCGACUGAUUACUCUAAGUACAUAAGUAAAGAGAUUCUACUGUGUGAACAAAUUAAGGAGCUCUUUAUGGCAAAAAAAGAAGUGGAUGUUGGGCCUUUAAUUGAGAGUCUGGCUGUUGUGUACACCGCAUGCUGCCCUGGCCAGUACACCAUAUACGAACCUGUGAUUAGACUGAAAGGUCAAGGGAAAACUGUACCUUCUCAGAGACCUUUCAGUUCCAAAGAAGUUCAGAGCAAUGUAUUGGACUCUCAGUACCUCAAAACACUUCAGCCUGUUGAAUAUAAAACUCUCCAGGGUAUACUACAUGAAAUUGGAGGAACUGGUGCAUUUGUUUUCCUCUUUGCUAGGGUUGUAGAGAUUAGCAGCUGUGAAGACACUCAGGCUUUAGCACUACAGCUCAUACUGUCCCUAACAAAAUACAAUCAACAAAGAAUACAGGAGAUGGACAAUUGUAAUGGCUAUUCUAUGAUUCAUCGAGUGUUGAUCAAACCAAAAUGCAUUGUGGGCUAUUGCAUGCUGAAGACUCUCCUUGAAGGAUGCUGCAGCGACGAGAUUCUCUAUAUGGAUGAAAACGGGCAGUUCACACUUGACACAGAUUCUACUGCAGUUAUCCAAGAUGUUCAAUUGUUAGAAAAGCUGCUUCUUGACUGGAAGAUAUGGUCUAAAGCGAAGGAAGGUGUUUGGGAAACUCUGUUAGCAGCCCUAGAAAUCCUAAUCAGAGCUAACCAUCACCAACAGAUGUUCAACAUCAAACAGCUAUUGAAAGCUCAAGUAGUACAUCACUUCCUGUUAACUUGCCAGGUUCUGCAGGAGCAUAAAGAAGGGCACCUUGCAUCUCUGCCUCGGGAGGUUUGUAGGUCGUUUGUGAAAAUAAUUGAAGAAGUACUUGGAUCUCCCCCAGACCUGGAAUUGCUGACACUGGUCUUCAACUUCCUCCUAGCAGUUCACCCUCCCACAAACACAUAUGUCUGUCACAAUCCUACCAACUUCUACUUUUCCCUGCACAUAGAUGGCAAAAUUUUUCAGGAGAAAGUUGAAUCACUUAGGUAUCUGAGAAAUUCCAGCAGUGGUGGGAAGGCAGUAGAGAGUUCUGCGUUUGUGAUUACAACUCCAACUGGAUUUACUGCUUUACCCCUGGAAGGGAACGUUUCCAAAGCUAGUGUACAACAGAAGAUAAGCUCUCAUAUGCCUAAAAGGCUUUGCAAAAGCUUACCAGCAUCUCCUAGUUCCUCACCACAAGUUCAUCGGAAAAGACUAACUGAAGGAACGGGAAGGAGUGUUGAUGACUUUCAGAUUAUUGGCAAGCAUGACUACAUGGACCUCCAGGGCAAAACUGGGUUUGUAGGAAGCUCUGAAACCAUAAAGAGAGUACAAGAAGAACUCUUUCUUAGCAGCUGUGAGUCUGCAAAAACAGUCUGUGACUCAGAGUUAACAUCUGCUGAAACAUUUGAAGAUAUUGCAAAAGAAGAGUUAUCUGAAAGUGCAUUUGAGAGCAAAGAAACAGAUGCAGACCUGAAAUGUAAUGAAGCUGGUGGUGGUGCUACGGCUGAGCCAUCGCUGCGUCGCCCAGACAAUCUGAAAGGACUGCCUUCGUUUCAGAAGAGUCAUUUUGCAGGGUUGGGCUUAGCAUUUUCUGUUCAGGGAGGUUCAUCAGCCAUUGCUCGCUGGCCAAGCUUUGACAAGAACGUACUUCCAGAGGACUGGGAGAGUCUUGCUUUUUCGUCAGCUAAUGAGAACACCCAGAAACUAUCAAUAAGCCCUGAUGACAGAUGUACGGAAGACUCUCUUGUGCUUAUCUGUUGUGGAUUGUAUGACCUCUUGUGUGGAGUUCUCCUAAUCCUACCAGAUAUCAUGCUAGAAGAUGUGAUGGACAAGCUUAUCCAACCUGAUUGUCUUAUAGUACUUGUGAACCACCCAUCUCCUCUCAUACAGCAAGGCGUCAUUAAAUUGUUGGAUGCGUAUUUCAAUAGAGCAAGGAGGGUGCAGAAGGAGAAAUUCCUAAAGAAUCGUGGAUUCUCCUUGCUAGCCAAUCAACUGUACCUUCACCAGGGGACUCAAGAAGUUAUAGAGUGCUUUUUGGAAAUGCUCUUUGGCCGCGCUGUUGGCUUGGAUGAAGAAUUUGAUCUGGAAGAUGUCAAGAAUGUUGGACUCUUUCAAAAAUGGUGUGUCAUUCCUGUGCUGGGUCUUAUAGAGAACUCGUUGUACGAUAACGUUCUGCUGCAUAAGUGCUUCUGUCUCCUGCUGCAAAUCAUCAAUUCCUGCUCAAAAGUGGCAGACCUACUGCUUGAUAACGGUUUGCUCUACGUGUUGUGUAAUACACUGGCUGCUCUCAAUGGCCUGGAAACAAACAUUCCCUUGAAUGACUACAAGUUACUUGCAUGCGAUAUACAACAGCUGCUGGUAGCAGUUGCAAUUCAUGCCUGCAGCUCCUCAGGUUCUCAAUAUUUUCGUGUUAUUGAAGACCUCAUUGUGCUGCUGGGUCAUCUUCAAAAUAGUAAAAAUGCAAGGAUGCAAAACAUGGCAGUUGUACUACAGUUAAGAGUUCUUCAAGCAGCUAUUGAAUUAAUAAAAACUACAGCAAGCCAAGAUGCUCAGGAGCAGGCUGGUUCAGUCCCAUCACAGUCUUCACCACAUCACGCGAUGUUUCGAAAGCGUAAAGGCAUUGCUGGCUCAAGGAAGUUUGCACUUGCUCAGUCUGACGCUCUGCUGAUGAAAAUGCGCUCACUAGCCAGUGAGGAAUUCCACAUGAUGAUGCAGCGGAGAAUGAGCCAAGAAAAUCCUAUCCAAGCCACUGAGCCCGAGUUUGUACAGAGGUUACAGAGGCUAACUGUUCUGGCUGUUAACAGGCUCAUUUAUUUAGCAUCUACAGAAGAGUGCUUUGAUGUGCUGGGUAUCACAGACACCACAACUCAAAGCCGGCUUUCAGCAUCCCAGCUAGAAGUUCCUGAGGAAGAAAGCCAGCAAGAAUUGCCUAGCAGAACAAAUCCUUUUCUUAAGGAGAUGUUCAAGAUAUUGGUGGAAGGAAUCAGAGUAUCCACUGGUGCCAGCAGAAUGAACACACCAAAGCAGCAGUGGAAGAGAAUCCUCUUGUCAUGUAAGGACACGUUCCGCACACAACUUGGGAGGCUGCUUGUGCACAACUUGUCUCCAGCCAGGCCACUGCAAGAGAGAAAGCAGGCUUUGGAGCUGGUGCAUGAAGUAAACCAUCAAGAGAUUAUGCGUGACUGUCUUAGCCCAACUUUGCAACACGGACCUAAAUUAGCGCUGUACUUAUAUGAAUUAAUGCACAAUCACGGUGAUGAAAUGACCAAAGAGGAACAAAGAGCAGCUGGAGACUUUGUGAAUACGUUAACAUCUUGUGGCUAUAAAUGCAUUCCCCUGAGCCCACGACCAAAACCAGAUCUAAUAAAAGCUUUUAAAGAGGAUCAGAAGAAGUAUGAGAUGGAAGAAUGUGUAAACAAAGCUGCUUGGGAGAAGACAAUGGCUAAUAAUCGGCAAAACCUCUUUCAACGUCUGGAUACAAAAUCUAAAGAUAUUUCUAAAAUAGCUGGAGACAUCACGCAAGCCGUGUCUCUGUCACAAGGAAUGGAAAGGAAGAAAGUAAUCCAGCACAUCCGGGGGAUGUACAAGGCAGAGCUAAGUGCCAGUAGACAUUGGCAGGAGCUUGUUCAGCAGCUUACCCAUGAUCGAGCACUCUGGUAUGACCCAGUCUAUUACCCAACUUCUUGGCAACUGGAUCCAACAGAGGGCCCAAACAGAGAGAGGCGCCGCUUGCAGCGGUGCUACCUCACUAUUCCAAACAAGUACCUUCUCCCAGACAGGCAGAAACAGGAAGGUGUGAUAAAAACUCCAUUAUCUUAUCUGUUCGAAGACAAAACACAUUCUUCUCACUCCUCUACUGUAAAGGACAAAGCGGCAAGUGAACACAUAAGAGUUAAUCGAAGAUGUAUAAGCGUAGCACCUUCUAGAGAGACUGCUGGUGAACUGCUGCUGGGAAAAUGUGGCAUGUAUUUUGUUGAAGACAAUGCUUCAGACACAAUUGAAAACUCG